AUGGGUAUACAUUAUCACCAUGACAUUACUGCUCUCGAGACUCUUAAGUUACAGCCUAUCUCGAGGCUCGCUCCGUUCUCCGCCCUUAUUAUUUCGAUUGUACUCGUCGUCCUUUUCGUAAUACGAUAUUAUGUGUUGGAGGGCUUUCUCAUAAAACGUCUCUAUGGUUCUAUCUAUACGAACUUGAGUGAGGUGAACCGACGCGGGUUCAUUAACCACCACAUUGCCGGUCUGACGAAGAUCCUAAUCCUAAUCGUCGCGGCAUACCCAUUCCUUGAGGUUGUCAUUGGGAAGUCGUCCUUCCAUACACCUUACGCACAUGGCUCCCGUGUGACUAUGGGCGACAUGCUGGUCGUGGUCGCCCAGAUGCUCAUAGGGAUUCCUCUGUCAGGUGCCUUCGACAUUAUCUCAGAGUUCUUCCCCCACUUGGCUAUCAUUCUAUACCGCAUCUUCCCCAACCGCCACCGUUUUCUGAAACGCCUCUUCCUCCUAUCUUGCAUCACCACAGCUCUUGGAACAACUUGCGAAACUAUCGUUAUCUUUUUCCUAUUCGGCUCACUCUGGGACCGAUGGCAGAUUGCCUUUAAGGUUGUCACCCCACUGCUUCAUAUUGCCUUUUCCGCAGCCCAGGUUCACGGCAGCGUUGUCUUCUGGAAGAUGUACAAGCGCCAACAGAAGCUUGAGGAAGAGAUUCCCGGAUUCGAUAUCGAGAAUGGGGAGAUUACUGAGAUGCAUGUCCAUGCCGACAAGACGAAGCCUUCGUCUUCUGGAUCUACGGUCGCGAUUGUCUAG